AUGCCCCUUGCUCGUAUUGAAAUACCACAUGAACGUGCAAAGGCAGACGAUACACGUGAGUCUAAAACACGCUUGAAGCGUGGUAGACCUGUUGGUUCUAAGGAUAAAAAUCCUAGAAAGCGAAAGGAAGUUGAGAAGCAUGAUGAUCCUAAAAUAACAGAAAGUAUUUUAGGAGAAACAAGUCAUGAAGCCAAUGAAAAUAUCGAACUUCCCGAGUCCGAAGAAAAUCAUGAGAUCUCUAUCAACUACAUUCAUAAUGGAAAGAUAUGGAAUCGAAAUGAAAUGGAUGAUGUUGAUGAGUUUUUCUCAUAUCUUGUAUCAAACGAAAUAAAUGAGGAAAACGAAGAUCCAGAACCAAAAUCUGUAUCUGAAUGUCAAAAGAGACAUGACUGGGAAAACUGGAAAAAUGCAAUUCAAGUCGAACUUGAUUCGCUUAAUAAGCGAGAGGUGUUUGGACCUAUCGUAGUCAUACCCAAAUCAGUCAAACCAGUUGGGUAUAAAUGGGUUUUCGUUCGAAAAAGAAAUGAGAAUAAUGAGAUUAUGAGACAUAAAGCUCGUCUCGUGGCUCAAGGUUUUUCUCAAAGACCUGGAAUCGAUUAUGAGGAAACUUAUUCUCCUGUCAUGGACGCAAUCACAUUUAGAUUUCUGAUGAGUCUAGCGGCUAGUGAAAAUCUAGAAAUGCGUCUUAUGGACGUCGUCACAGCAUAUUUAUAUGGAUCAUUAGAUACUGAUAUUUAUAUGAGAAUCCCCGAAGGAUUCAAAAUGCCAGAAGCAUUAAGUUCUAAACCAAGAGAAUUAUGUGCAAUAAAAUUACAAAGGUCAUUAUAUGGGUUAAAACAAUCGGGGCGCAUGUGGUAUAAUCGCCUAAGUGAGCAUUUGAUCAAAAAGGGAUAUAUCAAUAACCCUAUAUGCCCAUGUGUUUUCAUCAAGAAAACAUCAUCCGGAUUUGUAAUUAUCGCGGUGUAUGUUGAUGAUCUAAAUAUUAUAGGAACUCAUGAAGAGAUACAUGAAGCAACUAAUUAUCUAAAAGGGGAAUUUGAGAUGAAAGAUCUCGGACAGACAAAGUUUUGUCUUGGCUUACAAAUCGAGCAUUCUGAAAAGGGUAUAUUUGUACAUCAAUCUACUUAUACCAAAAGAGUGUUAAAACGUUUCUACAUGGAUAAGUCAACUCCCCUGAGUACACCUAUGGUAGUUAGAUCACUUAAUGUUGAAAAAGAUCCUUUUCGACCACCUGAAGAAAAUGAAAAGAUACUUGGUCCUGAAGUACCAUAUUUAAGUGCUAUUGGUGCCCUUAUGUAUCUUGCGAAUUGUACACGUCCUGAUAUAUCAUUUGCCAUUAAUCUCUUGGCAAGAUUUAGCUCAUCUCCAACUCAAAGACAUUGGAAUGGAGUUAAGCAUGUACUUCGCUAUCUUCAAGGGACGAUUGAUUUAGGAUUAUUCUACCCUAAAAACGCAGAUGACCAAAUGAUUGGUUUUGCAGACGCUGGGUAUCUAUCUGAUCCUCACAAAGCUCGUUCACAAACCGGUAUGUUUUCACUGUCGGAGGAACCGCUAUCUCAUGGCGCUCCAGAAACAAACUCUCGUGGCCACCUCCUCAAACCAUGCUGA